CUGGAAGCGACUAGAAAUUCCCGUCAGCCUUGACCGCACGUAUCUUGCUCGAGCAAGCUGUUUGUGUUUGUCUUGCUGACACGCUUUUGCGCUGCACAACAGACUCCUUCUCCAAAAUCGGCGCUGUGCCCCACUAUCCGUCCGAUCGAAACAGAGAAAACACGUGCAAUUGGUAGUUUGGCCCUGCCUUUGACUACUUUCGCUUCAACCUACGAGCACCCACCACAAGCCUCUGACUUCUUCCUUCUCGCCGCAACUACUCCUGCCUCACCUGCCUCUGCGGCACCUUUACUCGCUCCACCGCCGAAUACCCCUCUUUAAGUCUUUGAAGCACCCUCCGCAAUCAUGGAUAUCAACCAGGUGUUGGAGGGGACUUUCUCCCCUGAUGUCAACAUCCGCACGAGUGCCGAGCAGCAGCUCACACAGGCCGCCGACUCCAACUUUUCACAAUACUUGCAAGUCCUCGGUGGCGAGCUCGCAAAUGAGCAGGCACAGGCUCAGAUCCGGACAGCCGCCGCGUUGGCGCUCAAGAAUGCCUUCACCGCACGCGAGUACGCCCGGUUACGUCAGGUUCAGGAGCGAUGGCUUGGCUUGGAACCCCAGAUCAAGCAGGAAGUCAAGGCCAUGGCCCUCCGCACACUGUCCACACCAGCAAGGGGUGUAGGGCAGUCCGCCGCCCAGUUCAUCGCCUCCGUCGCUGCCAUCGAGUUACCCCGCAACCAAUGGCCGGAGCUCAUGCCCACACUGGUGGAGAGCGUUGGACAGGGCAACGACAGCCAGAAGCAGGCUUCGCUCAUUACAAUCGGCUUUGUUUGCGACACAGACGACGUGGAGCUGAGGGAGGCGCUGGCACACCACUCGAACGCCAUCUUGACCGCGGUCGUCCAGGGGGCUCGCAAAGAGGAGACGAACAACGACGUCCGCGUUGCAGCCAUCAACGCGCUCAGCGACUCGAUCGAGUUUGUGCGAUCGAACUUUGACAACGAGGGCGAGCGCAACUACAUCAUGCAAGUCAUCUGCGAGGCUACACAAGCGGAUGACAGCCGCAUCCAGCAAGGCGCAUACGGAACCCUGAACCGCAUCAUGGGUCUUUACUAUGACAAGAUGCGGUUCUACAUGGAGAAGGCUCUCUUUGGGCUUACCAUUCAAGGCAUGAAGAGUGAGGAAGAGGACGUUGCCAAGCUUGCCGUUGAGUUCUGGUGCACUGUUUGCGAGGAGGAAAUCGCAAUUGAAGAUGACAACACACAGGCUCAUGCUGAGGGUUCCACUGAACUGAGGGAAUACUUUAACUUUGCUCGGGUCGCCACACAGGAGGUCGUCCCGGUACUGCUGGAGCUGCUUGCCAAGCAAGACGAGGAUGCUGACGACAACGAGUACAACACGGCUCGCGCUGCAUACCAAUGUCUGCAGCUGUGGGCUCAGUGCGUUGGCGCAGGCGUCAUGCCUCCGGUGCUCGCUUUUAUCGAGAAGUACAUCCGCUCGGAAGACUGGCACUACCGAGACGCGUCCGUUUCCGCGUUCGGCGCCAUCAUGGAAGGCCCUGAGGAGUCUGUCUUGGAUCCCAUCGUCAAGCAAGCCUUGCCCACGCUUAUUGGGAUGAUGGAUGACCAGAGCAUCCACGUCAAGGACUCGGCAGCGUACGCUCUGGGCCGCAUUUGCGAGGCUGUCCCGAGUGCUCUAGAUGCACAACAGCACCUCCCGCCCUUGAUUGGAGCAUUAUUCAACGGCCUGUCCAGUAGCCCCAAGAUGGCCGCGUCUUGCUGCUGGUCGCUGAUGAACUUGGCCGACCAAUUUGCAGGAGAGCCGGGAUGCUCGAGCAACCCGCUGUCGCCACACUUUGCGCAAAGCGUGCAGCAGCUCUUGCAGGUCACUGAACGCGGUGAUGCAGACAACCAGCUGAGGACUGCAGCUUAUGAAGUGCUCAACUCCUUUGUGAACAACGCUGCUGGCGACAGUGUUCCUCUCGUCAACGAGCUGGCCAACGUCAUUCUUGAACGCUUAGAGAAGUCCAUCGGCCUGCAGCAACAGGUUGUCAGCGUCGAAGAUAAACUUACUCUCGAGGAAAUGCAGACCAGCUUGGCCAGCGUCGUCAUGUCUAUUGUUCAGCGUCUAGAAGGCGACGUGAGGCCUCAGUCGGAUCGCAUCAUGCAGAUUCUGCUCGGUACUCUGUCCUCUCUACCACCAAAGUCCAGCGUCCCAGACACCGUCUUUGCCGCCAUUGGAUCCAUUGCUACCGCGCUCGAGGAUGAUUUCCAGAAAUACAUGGAGGCUUUCUCGCCUUUCCUGUACAACGCCCUCAACAACCAGGAGGAGCCUGGUCUUUGCUCCAUGGCAAUUGGGUUGGUUGCUGAUAUCACUCGAUCGUUGGGCGAGAACGUCCAGCCUUACUGUGAUGCUUUCAUGAACUCUCUCCUCAACAAUCUCCGCAGCCCUGCUCUUGGCAACCAGCUCAAGCCAGCUAUCCUGCAAUGCUUUGGUGACAUUGCUCACGCCAUCCACGGUUCCUUCGAGACAUAUCUCCCUGUUGUCGCCACAGUGCUUCAGCAGGCUGGCCAAGUGACCCUGACUACCGAGAACAACUACGAGAUGAUGGACUACAUCACGUCGCUGCGGGAGGGUAUUGUCGAUGCAUGGGACGGUUGCAUCAACGCUAUGAAGGCGAGUGGCAAGACCGAUCUCAUGAUCCCAUACGUGGAAUCAAUCUUUGAGCUUCUCCGUACCAUUCAGUCGGACAGCAACCGAACUGAAGGUCUUCUUCGAUCUGCAUGCGGUGUCAUCGGUGAUCUCGCGGACGCGUUUCCCAAUGGUGAAUUCAGGGAUCACUUCCGUCCUGAGUUCCUUACUGCGAUGGCAAGAGAGGCCCGAGCGAACCAGGAGUUCAGCGGCCGCACGCGCGACACCGGCCGGUGGGCUCGCGAACAGAUCAAGCGCCAAGUCGGUACGAACAAUCCUUUUCUUAGGUUCUCUUCAAACGUCGAUACCAUCAACGGUGGCAAUCAAGGUGUGAUGGCCUGAACGCCAUAAUCCUCCCCUCCCCCAGCUUGGUGAGUUCGAGCUGUGGGUUGGUCAACAUGCUAGACUUGAUCUCCGUGAAAAGUCUGCUCUAGCCCUUGACUAAA